AUGGCCACGAUCACUUCUACAUACUCUUCUCCCACUCCGCCAGCUCAUGGUCAUCGACAAAGAGAUCCGAGCGUCCACAGUCUUGUAGAUCAUUCACACUCAAGAAAUCGAUAUAAAGCUCAAAGGGCAAGGUCUCGACAAACAUUGUCAUCUGCAUUCAACGACGAAGGCAGUGACGUCGAUGUCACCCUUGAUGGAUCCUCGAUAACUCCCAACAAAGGUGAACAACACAUGGCUGUGGACUAUGCCACUGUAAACUGCACUGAGCGACCAGAGAACGAUUCUAUGGCUGACUUCGGUACCACCACUACUUACAAAGGUAUAUGUCCAUCAUACCAAGACCCACCCGAUCAUCUCCUUCAAUCGGCUCGACCUCGUCUGGUGGGUUCUGGAGUCGGUGCUGUCAACAGACACCUCAAUGGGAGUACACCUGGUCGAGCUUCAAAGAAUGUCAAUGUCUCUUCGUUUACUGCAAGAGCGUCCGCUCCUCCAAGAGCCAUCAAUCAUACCAAGGGUCUCGUUCCUCCUGCUGUUGACACCCCUCCUGGAGAUCUCAAUCGAAGUCCUCCAGUCGAGACCGGGAACAUGUUGGAACACUUGCCCGACGCAAGAGAUCGAUCAAUGGUCCUUUCGAACUUAAGAGGAGGUGUCCCUACUUUCACUCCUGGAGCCUAUCAUCACCCUACAGCUUACCUUCACUCCGCUUCUUCACUAAUGGUCCCGUCUGCUCCGUUCCUGUCCAUCACACCAAAAUCACAUCUCCUUCCGGAUCUUACUCGCUUUGCGAGUGCCGAAUACAUCGCCUCUUUGAUCGCUGCAUCACCAGCAGCGACCACACCUGCUGGAAAUCCCAUCACACGACCAUUCUCCCUUGCUCCACUGCCCUAUACCGACGAGGAUAUUCCAAUUCCUCAACCGUAUAACACCGAAUACCCUCAUCCGAUUACUGCUUAUGCGUCUCCUCGAGUCAACCCCGAAACUGUCAAAAGAAGCGGGUACGGUCAACUUCUCAAAACCCUUGUCGAGCAAGAUUUACCUCUUACCCUCGGAUCAAGACUCUACGAUGCUGGAUUCAGAGAUCUUGACUCCAGUGUCUAUCUUCUCUUCUCAUUUGAAGGUUCUCAAGGUAAUGGUAUUCCCGAAUCGCUCUGGUCAAAGCUCGAAAAUGUCACUUCAUCAAGAUUACCAGUCGGAUCGAAUGGUGUAUCCCCUUUUGCUCGAUCUACUACUGCCACAUCCAAUGCAGUAGAAAUGCCACCUAGGUUCGCUCAACUGAGCAAUCAAGCUGCCAUCGAGUUUGGAAUGCUCACUCCCCCUGGAUCGACCGAAGAAGUUGAUUAUUUCACUAAGCCCAUCAACAAUCGACUUCCCGAUUACGAUCCUACCCCAAGACCUUCUCCAGAUUAUCACUCCAUCAAACACGCUUCUUCGAUGGCAAACAUGCGAGUCAUUGAUCAUUGCUGGGACCAAAGAGGUUCAGGUCAUCGAGAUCAAUGCCCACCACCUUCAUCUGGUUACCAACCUCGAACGGACAAUUCUGCCACAUCCGAAACAACUGCCACUGGGAUCUCGCCAUUCUACAAAACCGAACUCUGUGCUAUCUGGCAACAAACGGGAAAAUGCAAGUAUGGAGGGCAAUGUCAAUACGCUCAUGGUGUUGAAGAACUUCGACUGCCUCGACAUCUACAGAACGCUGCUCGUAUCUCUCCACCAGCCAAAGAAGGGAUGAUGACUCAUCCUCCAUACAGUCACGAAGCCAAUAAAGGUAUGGUCUACCCUUCACCUACCCGAUCUAUCUCCCUUCGACCCCAUGCGAGAGGUACAGCUUCGGGAUUCUCACAAACCCAAAUGCAAGCUAGAUCCGAACCUCGAAGAUCUUCUUGUCCACCUCAACAGCUUGCAGCCCUCGCUGAAGGAGUCGAAGAUGAUCAUUCACUUCCCCUUCCCGCAAGACAUCAAUCUCUCGCUGUUCCAGCUCCAAUCGGUGCAGAAAGGCCCAUUCCUACUUCGACUACAAGCAAUAACACUCCAAGUACGCGAAGUUCCAUUUCAAGCGCAGAGAAAUGGGAAGAUAUGCCCCCUUUUACUUUGGCCGAAUCAAGUUUCGCUUCUACUCAGCUCAGGAGUGAAUCUAGUAGGAUGAGUCUCAGCCUAUCGACUUCUUCAAGUUCAGGAUACAGCCUGUUUACGGAUUAUGGCGAGAAAUCAACUACGUACAGUCCUAUCGAAGGUGAUAUUACUAUUUCCGAUCAUGAUAGAUUCAAAUAUGGAUAUUCGAGUCAGCCUUUUGGUGGGAUGAAAGAAAUCGAGGCAAGUAACAAUGGACACUCUCUUUGGAAAUAG